AUGUCCGGUCACGAUCCUGAUCACACUCCACAACCCAUCACCACAGCCGCGGUUACCGCACUGCCUGACCAUGCUGCGGUCCCCUUGGCACAGGCCGUCAUGAUUCCGCAGCAACUUGCGCCCCCUUCAGAGACCCAACCGAGCCCCGACUCAACUUUGGCGCAGCCGACUACUUCCCGUCCCUCCACACCGUCAGGAAGGACCAUGAACGAGAAGGAGCAGCUGGGUACACCGAACGGGCAACAUGGCGCCAGUAAGCGCUCUCUCGUCGAGGACCCCGCCGAUCACCUCGUCCCGACUGCGCUCCGUCGGACAUCCUCGUCGUCUAGUAGUGACGAGGACGAGAAAGCGCAGGCCAAGAAGAAGCUCGGGCUGUUCAAGAAGAAGGACAAGACGGACAAGGAUACCAAGAAGAAGGACGACAAGGACGACGACCACAAGCCCGUCAGCAUCCCACAGCUGUUCCGCUUCGCGACGCCGUUGGAGCUCACGCUCAACUUUAUCGGCUUGUUCCUGGCGUGUACCGCUGGCGCCACCCAGCCUCUCAUGACCCUCAUCUUCGGUCAACUUACUUCCGCGUUCAACGACUUUGGUCGUAUCGCCCGCCAGAUUCAAACGCAGGGCUUAACACCUGAGAACGCCGCCGCAUUGGCGCGAGCCAAGGUUACGCUCAAGAAGCAGGCUGGCAACAACGCCCUCUACCUCAUGGCCAUCGGCCUCGGCCUCUUCUUGUGCACGUACGUGUACAUGCUCAUCUUCAACUGGACGUGCGAGCGUCAGAACAAGCGUAUCCGUGAGAAGUACCUCCAUGCAGUGCUUCGUCAGGAGAUUGCCUACUUUGAUGAACUCGGCGCCGGCGAGGUGGCUACCCGAAUCAUGUCCGACUGCAACCUCGUGCAGACUGGUAUCGGCGAGAAGAUCCCGAUCGCGUCAUCCUUUAUCGCGACCUUUAUCACCGGUUUCGCACUCGCGUACGCCCGCCAGGCCAAGCUGGCUGGUGCGAUGACGUCGAUCCUCCCCGUCAUCAUGAUCACGGGCGCAAUCAUGGGCAUUGGUACGACCAAGUACACCACCGGUUCGCUCAAGUGGGUGUCCAAGGGCGGCACUCUUGCCGAGGAGAUCAUCUCGUCCAUCCGCACCGUGCAGGCGUUCGGCACCAUGAGCGUCCUCGGCGACAAGUUCAACGGCUUCAUCGCCAAGAGCCGUGCUAUGGGCAUCAAGGGCUCGCUCAUCGAGGGUACCGGUCUUUGCAUCAUGUUCUUCGCCAUCUACGCGUCCUACGCCCUCGCCUUCUUCUACGGUGGUAUCCUGAUCGCCAAAGGUGAGGCUGACGGCGGUCUCGUCAUCAACGUCUUCAUGUCGAUUCUCAUCGGUUCUUUCUCCCUUGCCAUGCUCGCCCCUGAAAUGCAGGCCGUCGGCAAGGCGCAGUCGGCGGCCGCCAAGAUCUGGGCGACGAUUGACCGUGUUCCCACUAUCGAGCCGGACGACCCUAACGGCCUCAAGCCGGACAAUGUCAUUGGUGAAAUUGCAUUCGAGCAAGUCCAAUUCCACUACCCUUCGCGACCCAACGUUCCCAUCCUCAAGGGCCUGAGCACGACGUUUGAGGCAGGCAAGACAUCGGCACUCGUCGGUGCAUCGGGCUCUGGCAAGUCGACUGUCAUUCAGCUCAUCGAACGCUUCUACGACCCAAUCAGUGGCAGAGUGACUCUGGACGGCGUGGACAUUCGCAAGCUCAACCUCAAGUGGUUCCGUCAGCAGAUCGGUUUCGUCCAGCAGGAGCCUGUUCUCUUCGCAACAACUGUCCGCGGCAACGUCGAGCACGGUCUCAUCGGCUCCAAAUGGGAGAACGCUCCGGACGACGUCCGCUACGAACUCGUCAAGAACGCUUGCAUCAACGCCAACGCCGACAGCUUCAUCUCCAAGCUCCCUGACGGCUACGACACCAUCGUUGGCGAGCGCGGUAUGCUCCUCUCUGGUGGCCAGAAGCAGCGUGUCGCCAUUGCCCGCGCCAUCGUAUCGGACCCCCGCAUCCUUCUCCUCGACGAGGCCACCUCCGCUCUCGACGGCUUAUCUGAGCGCGUGGUUCAGGACGCCCUUGACAAGGCCUCCGUUGGCCGUACCACCAUCGUCAUUGCCCAUCGACUCGCUACCAUCAAGGACGCUGAUACCAUCAUCGUCAUGGGUGGAGGUGAGAUCAUCGAGCAGGGCACGCACAACGAACUGCUCGACAGCGAGCACGGCGCAUACGCUCUACUUGUCCAGAACCAGAAGCUGUCUCAGAAGGCGGCUGACGAUACGGGCGAGGACGUCACGGACACCGAGGAUGAGGACGUGGAUGAGGUCGUAGUCCCCGGAUCGCCCCUCAGCGAGAGAGCCGGCUUUGACCCUCCCACUCGCAAGUUGUCGCGCCAGAUCACGGGCCGCUCCAUUGCGAGCGCUGCACUUGAACAGCGCCGCCAGACACGCGAGGACGAGGAAAAGGCGUCCAGAAAGGUUCCAUUCCUAAAGCUCUUUGUUCGUCUCCUCAAGCUUAACCGAGCCCAAUGGAAGUUCUAUCUCAUGGGUUUCAUCGGUGCCAUCUGCUCCGGCAUGGUCUACCCGGCCAUGGGCAUUCUCUUCGGCUUGGCAAUUUCCGACUUUGAGCUUACAGACACCAAGGAGCUCCGGUCGGCACUUAACAACCGCGCUCUGUGGUACUUCAUCGUCGCCAUCCUCGCCGCCCUCUUCAUCUUCAUCCAGAUCUGGGGCUUCUCGCGCAGUGGGUGGGAACUCGCGAGCCUGCUCCGUACCAAGCUGUUCAAGGCCGUUUUGGGCCACGACAUCGAGUGGUUCGACGAGGAGGAGAACUCGACUGGUGGUGUCACCUCAAACCUUUCAGACCAGCCCCAGAAAGUGCAGGGCCUGAUGGGCGUCACCCUCGGCUCUAUCAUUCAGUCGCUCGCCACCCUUGUUGGUGGUUGCAUCAUCGGUCUCUGCUAUGGCCCCCUCCUCGCCUUGAUCGGUAUCGCGUGUAUCCCGCUCGUCAUCUCCAGUGGCUACAUUCGUCUGCGCGUUGUGGUCCUCAAGGAGGAGAAGAACAAGAAGUGGAACGCCGCUAGUGCCCAGCUCGCCUCUGAGGCUGCCGGCGCCGUCCGAACCGUCGCGUCCCUCACCCGCGAGGCCGACGUCGACCGCAUCUACUCCGAGGCGCUCAGGAUCCCCUACGACAUCUCCAACCGCACAGCCAUAUACUCACAGCUUCUCUACGCUGCGUCGCAGGGCAUUGCGUUCCUCGUUAUCGCUCUCGUAUUCUACAUCGGCGCUCUCUGGAUGAUUGACGGCAAGUAUGACACGGCCACGUUCUUCACCACCCUUAUGGCCACUCUCUUUGCCGCUAUCCAGGCUGGUAACGUUUUCAUGUUUGUCCCCGACGCCUCUUCCGCCAGCUCUGCCUCGCGCUCGGUCUUCCGUCUCCUCGACAACGAGGCCAACAUUGACGGGACCUCGAACGACGGUAUCAUGCUUGACCCCGAGAAGGUCCAGGGUCACCUCCGCCUUGAGAACAUCCACUUCCGCUACCCCUCGCGCCCUGGUGUCCGUGUUUUGCGUAACCUCACCGUCGACAUCCCGGCCGGCAAGUACGUUGCGUUAGUUGGUCCCUCUGGCUGCGGCAAGUCUACCUCCAUCCAGAUGAUUGAACGGUUCUACGAUCCGCAGGCGGGCACCGUCAAGUUUGACGGUGUCGACAUCAAGGACCUCAACGUUGCAAGCUACCGUUCGCACCUUGCACUCGUUUCGCAGGAGCCGACCCUGUACGCCGGUACGGUCCGCUUCAAUAUUCUCCUUGGCGCGUCCAAGCCCAUGGACCAGGUUACCGAGGAGGAGAUCGUGACGGCGUGCAAGGAGGCCAACAUUUACGACUUCAUCAUGUCCCUUCCGGACGGCUUUGAGACCGACGUCGGUGGAAAGGGCUCGCAGCUGUCUGGUGGGCAGAAGCAGCGCAUCGCGAUCGCGCGUGCACUCAUCCGCAACCCCAAGGUGCUCCUGCUCGACGAGGCCACCGCCGCGCUCGACUCCACAUCCGAGCGCGUCGUGCAGCAGGCGCUCGACAACGCAUCGAAGGGCCGCUCCGUCGUCGCCAUUGCGCACCGCCUCUCGACCAUCCAGAACGCGGACAUCAUCUACUUCAUCGACCAGGGCAAGGAGGUCGAGAUCGGCACCCACGCACAGCUCCUCGCACGCAAGGGCCGCUACUACGACCUCGUGAUGAUGCAGAGUCUCAGCAAGAUCGAGUGA